AGACACGCCUGACGCAAACAAACCUCACAUUGCCAUUAGGCAAGCGCUUCCAGAGGAAGCCAAUCCAUCUCUUUUAAACUCUCAGAAACAAGCCACAGGAAUCAAUCUCCACAGACUGGAUGAAUGGCAUCCCUGGGAGCAUGACCCUCUUCCUGCUCGCGGGGGCCCUGGCCCUGACCAAGACCCGGGCGCGCUCGCACUCCCUGAGGUAUUUCAUCACCGCCGUGUCCCGGCCCGAACUCGGGGAUUCCCGCUUCAUCGCCGUGGGCUACGUGGACGACACGCAGUUCGGGCGCUUCGACAGCGACACCGAGAACCCGAGGGCAGAACCGAGGGCGCCGUGGAUGCAGGUGGAGCAGAAGUACUGGGACAGCCACACACAACUCGCUAAGGAGCAUAAACAAACUUUCCGGGCUUACCUGAACACCCUGCCCGGCUACUACAAUCAGAGCGAGGCCGUCUCUCACACGUUCCAGCAUGUCUAUGGCUGCGAGGUCGGGGCAGAUGGGCGCUUGCUCCGCGGAUACACGCAGUUCGCCUAUGAUGGCGAUGACUACCUCUCCCUGAAUGAAGACCUGCGCACCUGGACUGCUUUUGACACAGCAGCUCAGAUCACCAAGCGCAAGUGGGACCAGGCAGCUGUGGCUGCGCAGCACAAGGACCACUUGGAGGGGGACUGUGUGAAGUGGCUGAGCAGAUUCCUGGAGUUGGGGAAGAAGACACUAAACCGCACAGACCCACCCACAGCACAUGUGACUCACCACCCAGUCUCUGACCAGAAGGCCACCCUGAGGUGCUGGGCCCUGGGCUUCUACCCCAAGGACAUCACACUCACCUGGCACCGAGAUGGGGAGGACCUGACCCAGGACACAGACCUGAUAGAGACCAGGCCUUCAGGGGAUGGAACCUUCCAGAAGUGGGCAGCUGUGCUGGUGCCUUCUGGAGAGGAGCAGAGAUACACAUGCCACAUAUACCAUGAGGGGCUGCCUGAGCCCCUCACCCUGAGAUGGGAGCCUCCUCGGUUCACCAUAUCUGUGUGGAGAGUCAUCGCUGGCCUGAACCUCCUGGCAGCUGUGCUCAUUGGAGUUGUGGUCGCUGCUGUGAUGAUAAAGAGGAAGCGCUCAGGUGGGAAAGCAGGGAGCUACAUCAAGGCUGCAGGUGUGGCAGUGCCCAAGGAUUUGACUGUUCUCUCACAGCUUGAAAGUGUGAGACAAUUGCCUUGUUUGGGACUGAGGGAUAGAACCUUGCUCACGUCUCCACUUCUGUGUCUUCAACAAGCCCUGCCCUACCUUCCUGCAAGGGCAGCUGAGUGUGUUCCUGUGGGCACAAUGUGAGGUGGGAGCCUGGCCAUCUCAGCCAAGCAUGGGCACCUCUGUCCCUGUCUCAAGUCAGGUGCACCUGCUGCAGCUUCAUUCUUCCCUGUGCAAAUCUGAACAGCAAACUGUGUUUCCCAGUUCCAAUUAUGAGUGGUUCAUGGGAAAUUUUAAAGAAAAUUUCAAAAAUUGGACAGAAAAAAUAAACAGAAGCACCAAGAACCUUCCUGAAACCA